AUGUGGUACGAAGCGUUGCCUCCGUUUAUUAUCAUGGCAGGGUGCAUAACCAUUACUGGUUAUGGUUUAAAGAUUAUUGAUAAGCUGUUUUUGGAGGGCAAGGUAAGCACGCAUAGCCGAUAGGUCUUGCGUUUAUUUUUGUUUUUAAGUUGACCCUUUUGAAAUCUCCAUCUCAGAGAUCUGUGUUAUUAUCAGUUAAUGUCGAUAUAAAUAUUAAGCAUAUAUGUUCGGGUUCUUCUGAAUAACUGCUGACAUCUCUGAUUUGUUUUAGCCGAGAAGAUACAAUUUAGAUGACUUUGAUAGGAGAAUGAUUGAAAGAGAUGAGCAGAUAACAGGCUCAAAAAAUAGGCAAAAGGUACAAAGUCCAUCAUAUAUCUGUCAGUUUUAAAGGUUGAACUCACUAGCAACUGGGCUGGGCUCGUAAUCAAAGAUUUGCAGGAGCGAACAAAUAAACGAAUCACAGUGUAUUGUUCCACUUCUGCAUGCGACCCGUCUGUUAUUUUCUCAGUGCACUAAUCCCCCCCCCCCGCCCCAACCAACGACCUUUAUGUCUUGCAUUUUUUGAACGGAGUAUGAGGAGUCAUGACUAAAGUACCAAACUAUGUUUUGCUGUAAGGAAAUUUGUACAGAGCCCACUGAACAAUGAAACUCUGAAAUCCAGGGUGUACAGAGAGAGGAACUGUAUCCUCCUGUUAAUUCUUAACUUUUUUCAGCCCUUUCAAAAAUAUUAUCAGUUUAGAACAACCACACAACUGUAGAGAGUUUUGACGGUUUUCUUGUUAUUUUUAUUUGGCAGACAUUGUAGAAGAUGUAGUUGUACAGGAUGCUGCAAUCGUGUGCUUACUUUGUAGUUCCUGACUUGUUAACAACUUAAGCUGAAUACAGAUGCCUAUUAUCUGAAUGCACUUGAGAGUUUGUAAAUAAAAAUGUUCUACAAUUCUUAUAUGUGUCUUUCAUUUAUUGUGGGAUCUUUUUGCUAGUUUUUGUGGUUUUCUUGUAUUUCUAUUUUAGAAAUGUGAACGCUCAGCGUGUUACCAUUAAGUUAUGGAUGCAUAUGUGAGGUUGCUAAGUAUGAAAACAAAAAAGAUUUUUGAGUGCUCAGCUAAUCUCCCAUCUGUAUCUUGAUUGGUACCCAGCUGUGGCAUUUACCAUUUUAUCUUAACUUCACCAUUUGCUCCUGGAAAUUUCACCAAAAAACAUGUUUUGAAGCUAGUCAAGCCGUUUUCUGGUCACUGUUGUGCUAUAAAGAGCUAAAACUUACCAUAAACCCAUUUGCAGGUCAUAUACUUUGUGGCCUUCUGAUCCAGAUGUAAAAUAUUAGCUUGUAAAGUUUGGGCAUGCGCAGAAAGCAAAUUUUCGUUUUGGGGUUUAAAAGUGACACAGCAGUCUUGACUUUUACUUUUUGCUUUCUUUCCUCCCCUCUUUUUUCACUUUUCUUACCUCAUUUUUUUUCUUUUGCUGGGCAAUUAGGCGUUUGCUAUUUUGUAGGAAAAGAUUUUAGGCAAGCUUUUAGGAUCUUGGAAUUACAUGACAGGAAAGGUAGGUGGGUAGUGGAACAAGAUGUUCAUGGGAAUUUUCAGGUCAAUGUUACAUGGUUUUUUGCCUUCUUCGUAGGUGCGCUUGCCUGAAUUGCGCUCAUUGUGGUAUGGUUUGAAAGAUCUCUUCCCUCUGUUCUCGUUAGCGGAUAAAGUUGUCCUUGACCGUUAAAACUGAUGACAUCACAAGCAGUAGAAGGGACGUGGAUCCACCCGGGCGGUUACGGGCGGCUCAAGGGCGAAUGGGGUAAUUAAUCAAGAGAAAAAUGCCGUCACUUACCUACAGGUUGCAGGGGACUGACACGCGUGACGUGUACAAAUCAUUUUGCUGAAUAAGUAGUUUGUUGUUCUGGUGUGGACUGUAAGAACCUUAACGAUUUCUGCCAAAAGAGAUAUAGACAAGAGAAAAACCUUAACAAACUUGGCCGUUCACGCAUAUUAAAGUCUUGAAAAAAACUGACGAGUACUACUUUAAGCCGGCUAUACAAAGUUUGAGGUGUAUUUGCUCUAAACUUUGUGGAGGCAAGUACCGAAAAAUUAUCCUCCUUAAACCUUCUUCACGCGUUCCCAGCACCCCAAAGAACCUCUGCGUGGUGCUCGUAGGCCUGGUAGGAGGAGAAUGUUUCAACAACAGGAGAUCGUUUCAGUCAAGAUAGUGACAGGGAAGAAUAUCUGCCCACCUUCAUCCAAAGGACUUUGUUUUGUUUGAAAAGGUUACUUUAUUCAGCUUUGUAACAUGAUGCAAUCAGAAGUGUAA